AUGGAGACUAACGGUGGAUUACCUUCUGCUUUUAACGGAGACAAUGUCCCCACCCAGCAGUCCGACAUGUGGAGACCGUGGACUGGAGAGGACAAGCCUGACGCACACAAGAUUUAUUCCGAACAUGGAGACCUCUCUGAUCCAAAAUCCUCAAAACCUCUUCAAUUCGUCCACCCAGUCAAAUUGUAUUGGCCAAAGUCGAGAUGCUUCGAUUACCUGUUCCAGGACGCAGAAAUGCUCCUGCGCAACUAUCCGGUCCAAGCGACCAUCUGCGUCUACGAGGACUCGAGCAGCGAUGAAGACAGCGACGAUGAAGAGGAGGAGAUGGACAAGGAGCUGAACUAA